AAUUUUUAUGCUGAUUGCCAACCAAACUACCCUUGCUGUGGUGGUGUUUUCCACCGAGAUCAUUACUGGCAUCUUCGGAAUCUAGACGAGCUGAUUCUGGCUUCGGUUAAAUUCGUCAUCUGGAAAUAUGAGAGUGUGGAGAGCAAGAGCUUGAUUUUAGGAGAAAUUCUGAACACGACUAUGGAGCGAUAUGCUUGCUGGUGGUUCUAUGUGACUUUUACAGGCUCCGAACACCCUGGUGAAGUCCAGGUUUAUCAGACCGCGGUGGCCUAUUACCCCUUUUCAAUGAGAGGUCAUAAAGUUGCUGUCUUCAGGAGGAAAAUAAUUGGCAAAGAUGAUUAUGAGGAUUUGUUACCGCCGAAAAAUUACUCUGUGGAGGACGCCCUAAGGGUAAAGAAAGAGCUGAUGUCCACUUUGGAUGAGGAAGACAGAGAAGUUUUUCAGCUUGGGGAAAAGGAGACGGAAAAAGAGUCCGAACCCCCUAUAGGGGCUGGCUGCUCUCUUUGAAUUAGACGGAGAACUAUGAUCAGUAUUGAUUGAUGUUUUGGCUGGAAAUUACAGUGGAGGUUUAAACAUGGAAUCCGAGACUUGAGAGCAGAUCUAUGUACUGUACUCUCUUUAUUCCUUAAGUAGAUCCAGGAGCAGUUGUAGUUUAAAGUGUUCGUUUGGAACCUUUCGUGGGG